AUGCUCGCAUUACGGAGACGUCUGCUGACCCCGGGCCUUCUGCGGCCAGUCGGUCUCAGGGCGCUCUCGACCAAGCCGGCGCCAAACGUUCUCGACGAGCUUGAUGAGCGAGGUUUCGUAGCUGCUACGACGAGUCCGGAACUCCGCUCCCAUCUCGACUCCAAGACGACGGUCUACGCCGGUGUCGAUCCUUCCGCCUCGUCGCUGCACGUCGGCAACCUCCUUCCCCUCCUGGGACUACUCCACUUCCGUGCUCGCGGACACCAUGCCUUGGCUCUGCGCAACGCGCUCGACAAGGAGACGCUCGCGACCAAUGUCGCCGGUAUCACGAACCAGGUGAACCGCUUCUUCGAACGCGGUAUCGAGUACGCCAAGAAGAGGGGUUACGACCCCGAAGCGACGGAGAAGGGGUACCGCGUCCUCAACAACCAUGACUGGUUCAAGGACAUGAGCUUCCUCGACUUCCUGCGCGAUGUCGGAAAGUAUGCCCGUGUCAAUACCAUGCUGGCGCGCGAGUCAGUUAAGACGCGCCUCGAUUCCGACGCCGGCAUCUCCUUCACCGAGUUCUCGUACCAGCUCCUGCAAGCGCACGACUUCAACGUGCUCUACCGCUCUGAGGGCUGUCGCGUGCAGCUCGGCGGAAGCGACCAGUGGGGCAACAUCGUCGCCGGCAUCGACAUGAUCAAGCGGACACGAGCGGCUGAUGCCGCGCAGGCAGAAGCUGCGGCGCGAGCGGCCGCCGCGGCCGAGGCCGAAGCCGCCAAGGCGCAGGAGGGAGGGAAGAAGACGAAGGGCAAGCAGGCCGCCGCUGUUAAGAAGGAGGAAGAGGAGAAGGAGGUGAAGAAGGAGGAGGAACCCGCGUUCGGCAUCACCAUUCCCUUGCUCACGACAGCGAGCGGGGAGAAAUUCGGCAAGAGCGCCGGCAACGCGGUCUGGCUCGACGAGACGCGGACGAGUGUCUCGGAUUUUUACCAGUUCUUCUUCCGCGCGACCGACGCCGACGUCGAAAAGUACCUGAACGUACUGACGCUCCUGCCCCCCGCCGAGAUCAAGGCAGUUAUGGCGCAGCACCGCUCGAACCCCCGCAGCCGACACGCGCAGCGCACCCUUGCGCGUGAGGUGACCGAGCUCGUCCACGGCCCCUCGGGUGUGGCGCAGGCCGAGCUCCUCGCGACCAUCCUCUUCGCGCCGUCACUGCGUGACGUGAAAUCGUCGCAAGUGCUCGAGAUCAUCGAGUCGGGGGCUUCGGACCCGCGUUUCCGCCGCGUGCACCGCAAAGACCUCAAGGGCAAGCCCGUCACAAAGCUUGCGGUCGAGUACGGCCUCACGAAAGCGCGGAGCGAGGCGGCCCGUAUCGUGAGCUCGAAGGGCAUGACGCUGAACGGGGACGUGGUGAAUGACCCGCGGAGGGAGAUCAGGGUGCAGGAGCUGAUUGACGGGCACAUUGCCGUGCUCAGGAAGGGCAACAAGGACGCGAUCGUGUUCUACGUCGACCGCGACGACCUCUAA